AGUCCAGCGAGUCACGUUAUUGGUGGAUGAGUGAUGGGGGAAGUGCUGUUGCUCUGGAAGUUUGUUACCUUCUGCCAGUAAAAAGUGUUGAACCCGAAACAAAAAGAAAAGAAAGCGCUAUUAUUUAGAGAACUGCGGCUAGUAGAGUAGAAAAGUUAACCUUAUUGUGAUUUUUAUUUUUCAGGAGUCGUAUCGUUCCGUCAUGGAGUUUGGUGAAGAGUCGUCGCCCGCUCUGGCUUUCGAGAAGGACGCGUUUGAGCUCACGGUUGAGGAUGUGUAUGACAUUUCGUAUGUAAUCGGACGAGAUUUACUGAAAAUAAGCAGCACAGGGGAAGAAGUGUCGGAUUUACAGUUCAGAAUAGUGCGUGUGUUGGAAAUGUUUGAGACUUUGGUCAACAAGUACAACUUGUCUCUGGAGGAGCUUAAAAUGGAGCGGGACAACCUGAAGAGUGAACUGGACAGGAUCAUCAAGGAGAGCUCCUCUGGGCAGGGCACGCAAACAGCGGGCCCAAACCAGCUGCUGGUGGACCUCACAGACCCCAAUAGACCGCGCUUCACCAUGCAGGAGCUGAAGGAGGUCCUGCAGGAGAGGAACCAGCUCAAAGCUCAGCUCAUGGUGGCUCAGGAGGAGCUUCAGCUCUACAAGAGUGGGAUUCUACCACAGGCUGAACCAGCCAUGGUGGAGGUGGAUCUGGAAACACCAGAAGCUACAGAGCACAGUCCAGCCACGACAAACCAUGCAAAAGAAGAGAAGACAACCAUAGGCAAACUGUUUUCAUUCAGGCGAAAAUAAGAAAAACCUUUCACAAGAACAGACCAUGUAGAAGACAAACUGGAUUUGUCAGCACAUUUUUCUCAUCAUGUAACCACUUUUAUAUUGAAAUUUUUUUUUUUUUUUUAAACGAUGUCUUGGGUCAAUCUAACAAACUGUAUUUUGUACAUGAAAUUUGAACCUAAGAUGGUUGAUAGUAAUAGAGUUUCUGUAGUAGAAAUAUAUAAUACAAGGAAGGUUUGGUGAGGAUAUGAAAUAAAACUGGAAAGUAUUAUCUAACUAGUGUUGGAGAUUAUGCUGAAUGCAAUCACUCAAUAAAGUUAUUUAUAAGCUUUAAAAUGUAAUUUUAUAAAAUCAAAAUUAAGUCUUUAAGGCACUUCUUGUUGGUCCAGUAAUCCUAAACAUAUUUUCUUUCACUCUAAACUAUCAGCUAUCAAAUAAAGAAAAGAGUUGUUCUGGCAUACAAUGGAAAUGUAGUUGAAAGACAAUAUGCACUGUGUGAACAGUCACAACAUCUGACAUACA